AUGAGCUCUUACUUUGUGAACUCGUUCUCAGGGCGCUAUCCGACCGGCUCCGACUACCAGCUGCUGAAUUAUGGGAGUAACGGAUCCUCGGUGAGCGGAUCCUUCAGAGACCCGGGCGCCAUGCACUCCGGAUCCUUCGGCUACAACUACAAUGGCAUGGACCUGACGGUGAACCGCACCGGCACCGGGGGACACUUCGGGCCCGUACGGGAGGACGCCCGGGGCUUCGGGCCGGACGCGCGCUACCGGCAGACGGCCACCUGCGCGCUGGCCUCCCCGGAGCCGGUGCCGGUGCCGUGCGCCGCGGCCACGGAGCUCAAGAGCCCCUCGCCGCCCUGCGACCCCCGGGGGUCGAGCUCGGGCGGCGGCGGCGGCGGCAACAACCAAGCCAACAACAACAAUCACUUCCCGGAGCUGGAGGACCCGAGCGUGGCGUCGGAGACCGAGGAGGGCGCGCACAGCUCCGGCGGAGGCUCCGGUGGCUCCGGUGGCUCCGGUGGAUCCGGUGGAUCCGGUGUGGCACCGCGGGCGCAGCAGCACCAGGAGCCCAACGCCACCUCCUCCACCCCCACAGCGAACGACUGCCAAACGCCACAAAUAUUCCCCUGGAUGCGGAAACUGCACAUAAGCCAUGAUAUGACUGGACCUGACGGGAAAAGGGCCCGAACCGCGUACACCCGGUACCAGACGCUGGAGCUGGAGAAAGAGUUUCACUUCAACCGGUACCUCACUCGCCGGCGGAGGAUAGAGAUCGCACACGCGCUGUGUCUCUCCGAAAGACAAAUCAAAAUCUGGUUUCAGAACCGGAGGAUGAAGUGGAAGAAGGACAAUAAGCUGAAGAGCAUGAGCCUGGUGACGGGAGGCAGCGCCUUCCACAACUGA